GUCCUAGCCAGAGAGAGGGAGGAGGAGGAGGAGGAGAAGGCGGAUUUGGCUGUGCUCAGGUGCGCAGACAAAAGUGUCCAUUAGAAGCAGGAACCAGAAGAAGGAGGUUGAAGCACAACUAUGAGUAGUCCCGGCACCAAGGCAACCUGUUUGUCACAGCCAGUGGUGAAGAGUGUGAUGGUGUAUCGAAACGGGGAUCCAUUCUUCCCAGGGCGCCGUGUAGUCAUCAAUGAGAAGAAGGUGGCUAGUUUUGAUGUCUUCCUAAAAGAAGUGACAGGUGGGGUGAACGCUUCUUUUGGGGCAGUGCGGAAUAUCUACACACCUCGUGGUGGGCACCGCGUCCGGCAGCUAGAUGAUAUUCAGAGUGGACAGUGCUAUGUUGCUGGUGGCAGGGAGGCCUUCAAAAAACUCAACUACCUGGACAUUGGAGAGCCAAAGAAAAGGCCUACAGAAAUUAAUAAUGAGUCAGCACUGGAAGAUGUGAAACCAGUUGCCCGCAGUAGAAUCAACGUGUCUGCACGAUUUCGAAAGCCGCUUCAGGAGCCUUGCACCAUUUUCCUGUUUGCUAACGGCGACCUAGUCAGCCCAGCAGUGCGUCUUUUCAUCCCAAGAAAGACACUAAAUCAGUGGGAUCAUGUUCUUGAAAUGGUUACUGAAAAGGUUACACUCAGAAGUGGAGCUGUACACAGGCUCUACACUUUGGAUGGAAAACCUGUUGAAAGUGGGCUGGAUUUGGAAAACGGGCAGUUUUAUGUGGCAGCUGGCAGAGAUAAAUUUAAGAAGUUGCCCUAUAGUGAACUGCUCUUCAGCAAGUCCACAAUGAAGAGAUCUUAUGGAUCAAAAUCAUCCUCACUUCCUCCUAUUGGUGGAUCUGGGAAAUCUAAGGGGAGUUCCAAAUCUACUGACACGGGGGACACAGUGUCAUCUCCUCAGCCACCAAAGAGAAAGGAAAAACACAGUCAGAAUCAAGAGUCUAAAAAGUCUGCAAAAUCAAAAGACCAUGGAAAAACAGUUACCGGAUCUUAUGUUCUCACAGAUAAUGAAGAGGGUAUUUACAAGGCUGGCACAAAGCGGUCUGAGAUGCGGGGGGCCGUUGAAGUCCAGGAAGAUGAAGACACUCAAACUGAGGUCCCAGUUGACCAGCUGCCAGCAGAAAUUGUGGAUGAGGAAGAAAACAUAGUGUCAGAACAUAAUGAUCAGCGUCAAGGAGAAUAUUCGGCAAUGAAUGGGGAGGCUGAUCAGGGUGGAGAAAUGGGAGAGGAGAAACUGAGUGGUCAUGAUGAAGAUGAACACCAAGGGCAGAACCUUGACCAAGUGGCAGAAGAUGAGCUUAGUAGUCAUGCACAGGGUGAAGCAAAUGAAGAAAAUAGUGAAGAAAUGGAUCACAAAAGUCAUGAAGAAGAAACAAAAGAAGGUAUUGAUCAGACUCAGGCUGAUCCCAAUUAUGAAAAGACAUCAACUCCAAGAGUCACGGUCACCAGUCCACAAGAAAGUGAAAAAAAUGAACAAUCCAGUGAAUAUGCAGCAGUAGCAUAG